CUUCAGCGUGACAUGUAUGUAUAUCUAGUAUAGAGUUCGUGCAAUAGUAACGCCAUGGUUAAACACGGAAUGGAUAUUUACCUUCCUUGCUGCGUAAUAUUCUUCUACUGCACCUUACCGGCCGAAAGCAUUUUGGACCACCGAGUGUCGACCACACGCUCGCCCAAAAUAAAGCAGAAGGAAGACCUGAAGCCCGUGGACGUACACGGCUACGACGACCCCAGUACUCCACGGCCGCCUCUUGUGGUGUACGAUGGCCGUGAUAGACGAGGUAUGGUGCCGCGAGAGCAGUUGCAUCGCGAAAAUAUUUUUGGUUUAGACGAGCUCUCAUCGGGUCGAUCUUCAGGUCCCAUUGUCGUGUCCGGGUAUAGUCAAGUACAUGGCAGUCUCCUCAACAGAAACUCUACUUUCUCCAGCGUAAAUUCUAAUCGAAAUAUGGGUAUGUACCCUCAAUUGGGGACUGGACAAGAAGAAGCUGUUGCAAACACAGGCGAGUUCAGUGACACUAAUUUACCUCCAACUGAUUUGUACGGGAGUUCAAGAGAUACGAUUAUCCAUGAGGAUAGAAAGUUGAGCAGUGACCAUGCAGGUGAGACCCAACCUCAAAGAGCUGGAAGUGGACGGAGUUUUGACGACAGCGGUUCAGGGCCAGAGGAAAAUUAUGCUCAGAAUAACGUCUAUGAUAAUGAUAAACCAAGUGAAGUCGAUCGUUUAUCUAAUAAUUAUGAUAGUGAUAUUGAUGAAAGAUUUAGUGGAAAUAAUCGUAUCAAUAGAAAUGAAAAUAGAAACUAUGGUGCUGACACACGAGAUCGACCAUACAGCAGCAUUUGGGAAAGAAAUCAAGGUCAGUAUGGACCUAACCCAAACAAAACUGCAUACCGAAACUUUACAGGAUCCUCAAUUGUUCAAAACAGCAAUGGGUUUCGAACUUCCGGCUCAAACCAGAACGUCAAUGUUAAUAGAGGUCGUACUUUCCAAUACAACCCGGAUGAAUCACGACCUUCAAUUGUGUAUAACCGUGAUCGGAACACGUUUGUAGACAUCACAUCAGAGGGAUACGAACCUUACAAUGCUAAUUCUGAAUCAGACUCGAGUAUAUACCAAUCGAAUUCUGCAUUUGAUUCAUCGUCGAGUCAAGAAACAGUGGCCCUUGGAGCUGGAGGUAGUCGAAAAUCAAAUCGAAAGAGAGUUGACGGAUCGAUUAGUUCAACACCAGGUCAAAGAGAAGGAAGAGGCCAUGGUAGAGGCCAGGAUGGAACGAAUCGUCAAGAAGUUCCGCCACCUCUUGCAUGCCCUGCACCCAAUGGCCUUUUUCCGCAUCCUAAGGAGUGCAACAAAUACCUGCAAUGUGCUCAUGGUCGAUUGUUCGUUCGAGACUGUGGACCUGGCACGGUUUUCAACCCCAUUCUCUCGAUAUGUGAUUGGCCUGCCAACGUCGACUGUAGCAACGCAGCAGCGUCUGCAAACAAUCCAGCAGUAUCUAUUGUUAACCCGUCACGAGUGAAUUCUGGGGGUAGUGUUUUGUCAAAUGCAGUUUCUCCGUCAGCAGGAAAUGCGUUUGAUUUUUCUCCAAGACUAAAUACGCAAACGCAGCGACCUUCGACGACAGAAGCAUAUUCCUGGUGGCCGUUCGGGAAGAACUAUGACCGGGUUCAGCCGCAAGGACGACAUGGCAGAGGAGGGAGUACCAGCGUAAUUGACUCGAUAUUUGACAAGGCGAGUGAUGCCACUUCUUCAGCUGUGAACGUUCUGCUGGAGACGGCAGGGUCUAUAGCUAACUCCGUCACUGAUGUCGUCGAUGAGGUGAACUGGGGUGCAGCGAGGGCCACCGACAAAGGCAAGAGGAUUCUGAAAAAAUUCGGCUUACAAUCUCGAACCAUUUGCCCAAGACCUAAUGGUCAAUUUCCUUACGUUAAGGACUGUCGCAAGUUCGUGAACUGCUUCAGGAACCGUCCCCACCUGCAGUCUUGCCCCCCAACGCUGCUUUUCAACGGCGCCACUGGGACCUGCGACUGGCCGGGCAGGGUAGUGUGCCCUACAGCCAGGGUCGUCGUGGGCGCUACUCCAUACGUGGUCAUCGCCCCGCCCACCGGCCAGGACGUCCGACUGCGUGGCGGUAGCGUCCCAUGGGCAGGCUACGUCCAGUUACGUAAGCCAGCCAGUGAUGGCCAGCCACAUGGCUGGGGCCUGGUGGCUGAUGAGCCUGAUGGCUGGACGCGUGCAGACGGUGACGUCAUAUGCAAACAACUCGGUUUUCUGAGAGGUUCGUCCUCGGUCUCGCAGGGCCGCAUGUUCGGGCUUGUGCCAGACAUGCCGGUGCUCGUAACGCGUCCUAACUGCACCGGCACUGAGCCAUCACUGCACCAGUGCCCCAGAGACCAGCGCAACAACGCCGAAACAAAAGCCUAUGAUCUUGAGCUAGCCGUUGCGGAUAAAAACAACGCCGAAACAAAAGCCUAUGAUCUUGAGCUAGCCGUUGCGGGGGUUCGGUGCACCCCUAACCCCUUCUCCGAGUGUGCCCCCGGGGGGGUGCGGUGGGGGGACAAAUGUUAUUACAUCUCCUCUGCCGUGCACCUCAACACAAGCAUCUCUGCACGCGGUCGCCGUACAGAGAACCGAAAUUCCGGUUCACGCUCACGCAGAAGCGUGGACAGCGUCGGCGCUGACGCGGUUUUAGGGGCCGGGAAACCGGUUGUUUUGGACCACACGCGCGCCAAAGAUUUCUGCGACGAACGCGGCCUCAACCUCGUAACGAUCCGAUCGCAGGCACGAUGGAACAGCACAGGCAGCACCCCGAGCACUGCAGUGUACAGCGCCCCAGGACUGCAUGCUGACUCCCUCAGCACGCUGUGCGUCGUGCUGAGGGAGACCUUCCCUGCGAGUGCUGACACCCACGAUAGGGCGCAUGCUGACUACUACUGGUGGGAGAACUUUUAUUGCCGCAACUUCGACAAUGAGGACAUGCCGUGGUGCUACGUCGCCUCUGGCGUCUUCGAGUACUGCGAUGUAAAAAGGUGUCCAGACCAGGAAGUGUCCCCGGCAGCCAUAGGUCCGUGUCCUGCGGGACAGAUCACGUGUCCCAGGUCUUCUACGUGUAUUUUUGCGGAGUGGCUCUGCGACGGCAGACAGGACUGUCCGGGGGGAGCGGAUGAGGUCGCCUGCAAAGACUUCACCAGCGAAUUUUCGGAUCCUCUUGAGAAUUCGCGCCUGAAGAGCAGAGAGGUGGAGAAGUGGCUCUUCACGCCCCUCAUGACGUGCGCCUCACGCUGCGUCCACGCCAGGAGCAUCGUGUGUAAAGCUUUUAAUUACUAUCCAGAGAACGAGACUUGCAUCCUGUGCGAGGGUGUGGCGGGGGAGGCUGGGGGGCUGGUGCAGGAGGCAGGAUGGCAGUACUGGGAGCGAACGCAGUACAAGCUCCAGGACUGCUCCAAGCGCUGCAGUGAUGGACGCUGCUACACUCAGGCUCAGGAGUGUGAUGGCAGUCGUGACUGUAGAGAUGGUGAAGACGAACGUCAGUGCCAAGGUGACCGUAACUUCGAAGUACGGCUCGCCAACGGCACCACUGUGCACGAAGGGCGCGUCGAAGUUAAAGUAUCGGGCAGGUGGGGUGGCGUGUGUGACGACCUGUGGGACUUGGCAGAUGGGGAUGUGGUUUGCCGACAACUGGGCUUCCCUCUGGGAGCCAAGGAAGUCCACGGUGGGAGCAGGUACGGCAGCGUAUUAGAUAGCGGACGCUCCGUAUACUUCAUGGACGACCUAAACUGCGGAGGAGAAGAAGCCGGACUGCAGUUCUGCGACUUCGCUGGCUGGGGAGAGCACGACUGUGGACCUCGUGAGAGCGCGAGCGUGCAGUGUGCAGUGGAGGGCAGUUCGUGCAGCAGCGCGGCGCAGUUUCGCUGCCGUAACCAGCGCUGCAUCGACCAUGCCCUGCUCUGUGACGGCUUCAAUGACUGCUUCGACAACUCUGAUGAGAGCCAGCAGCUCUGUAGUGUCAGUCUUUAUACCAUUCGCUUAUGUUAUGGACAAGUUGAUGUAACAAGCUAUUACCAUUAUUUAAGGUUUUUGAUAAUAAUAACCUUGAAAUNGUUAUCAUUUAACUAAAGAACUUCACAGGUAGUGUGCAGGGCUGCAGGCUACGGAGGAGCUACUGUCAUAUUCAAGAACAAUACAUUUGGACCGGGCGCAGGCAAGAUUUGGUUGGACGACGUGCGGUGUCAGGGCCACGAGACGUCCCCAGAUCAGUGCACCCACCGUGGCUGGGGACUCAGCAACUGCGACCACAGCGAAGACGUCGGCGUCAGAUGCCUGAGGACGCCACGAGCAGACGCUCCUGCCGGCGGUAGCGGGGGAGCUUCGUUGUCACCCCCACCGACAGCAGCGCUGGGCGGGCUGCUACCGGAGGCCUGUGGCAUGCGCUUCGUGGAAGACCGACCGAUCUCCCUCACCGAGUCUGCUAGAGUGGUGGGGGGCUACAGCCCUAGACCGGGGGCACAUCCAUGGAUGGUUGGAGUACGCGUGCGAACGAGCAGUGGUUCUCAGCACUGGUGCGGUGGUGCAGUGUUGACUGCUGCUCACUGCAUCGCAUAUCCUACCUCUACCUUCAUCGUCCGGGUCGGCGACUACGAUAACGAGGAACAAGAGUCCUAUGAGAAGGACUUCUUCGUGGAGCGGGCCAUUAAACACCCAGAGUUCGACGUGGGUCCAUUCUACAACAACGAUAUCGCGCUCCUCAUCAUUAAGAGGAAAAAUGGAGAGGGCAUAUCGUUCAGCGAGCGAGUGCAGCCGCUGUGCGUCGUGACGCAGGACUUCAGUUACCAGCCUGGACUGAACUGCACGGUCUCUGGCUGGGGGGCUGUCGGCCAGGACAGAAGUUUCUCGCGCUCGCUGCUGUCGACGAUGCUCCCCAUCAUCCCGGACUCGGUGUGUCGCAGCGAGCGCGUCUUCGGCGCCACGAGACUCUCGGCGGGCAUGUUCUGCGCCGGCCACCUGGAGGGCGGCAUAGACACCUGCCAGGGUGACAGCGGGGGACCUCUGGUGUGCCAGCACAACGGCCGAUUGACCGCCGUGGGGAUCACGAGUUGGGGACACGGCUGUGCUCGUCCCAACAAACCCGGCGUCUACACCCGCCUGGCAAACUAUCUGCCAUGGCUCUACUCUGUCCUCAAACCCUGAGUGAGCUGCUCAAUUUGCCAUCAAACCGCGACAAACAUCUCAUUUUACUGUCACAUUACCAGAACGUCUGUUGCGCCCUCAACCAUUUCCCUCGAACUCCGCCAGUCCCUCAGAUCUGAACUGAAAUCGUGAGCUCUAUUAUUCAUACGAUGUAUGUAUGAGCAUGCUAUGCGCCGACUUCACCCUCUAACUGCAUACUAACUUUCGUAUCCAGAUGCCAGAUUUGUGAACCUACUAGCUAUGACUUGUCCAAAAUAUUUCUUGUUGCGACAACUUAGGCGUGAACUCGUGCAGUGAGGCUCGUUGCCUGACCGUGAGAAUGUUUGAGGUUCUGAAUGUAGAAUGAAAUUUGUUCUCCAUAAGACCGGAAAAUGUAACGCUCGAAAUUAUAUUUUUCAUCUAGA